UCUGUCCUCAAACACAGCUGGUGACGGUUGCAAUAUCACGAUGACGACGGCCAAGUGCGUUCUAUUGUUCGCACUGAUGACGGGGGCGGCGUACGCCGACUAUUGGGGCGAUCGUGAAAAAUUCAUCCGCAGCGAAAGAAGCAGGGCGAUCGGGGCUGAUAUCGUGCUCACCCACAAGGAAAGGGCAGUGAACGAUAUACUGAUGAAUUAUAAACUUAGGGAGCUUGAUGAGGGACUACUUAACCCCGGACAGUUUUUGGCCGCUCAGCAUUUCUUUCAUUCCAAGCCAGCCAUCGAGAAGUCCAAAGUCUUCAAACUGAUCCAGAAGCUGCCCAAAGGAGCCUCCCUGCACUCCCACGACACGGGCAUCGCCUCAGAAGACUACGUCUACUCCCUAACGUUCAGAGAGAACCUAUACGCCUGCAAAUCCGGUGGCCUGCUGCAGUUCAAGUUCUUCAAAAACUCGCACAGCGUAGACAACACGUGCGAGUGGAAGAGCGUGAAGGAAUGGAGACAGACCAGCCCAGGUUUCGACACCUACUUGAAGUCGCAGCUCACUUUGACCGUCGAAAAUCCGGCCGAAAGAUAUCCCGACUUGGACGCGGUGUGGAAGGAGUUCCUGAACAGGUUCUCCGUGGUGCACGGGUUGGUCACCUACAAGCCCAUAUUCGUCGAGUACUUUUAUCAAGUUUUGAAGGAGCUGCACGACGACAACGUGCAGUAUUUGGAGAUGCGGGGCUUGCUCCCCGAAGUUUACGACUUGGAGGGCAAAAUUUACGGCCCCGAAGAGGUUACCGGUUUAUACGUGGAGGCUUUGAACAAGUUCAAGGCUGAUUAUCCGAAGUUCCACGGAGCUAGGCUGAUUUACGCUCCGACUAGGUUCGCCAACAACAGCACCAUGGAUGUUUACUUGAAUGUUUUGAAGGGUAUUCAAGGGAAGUACCAGGAUUUCGUAGCAGGUUUCGACUUGGUUGGGCAGGAAGACAAGGGUAGGCCUUUGGUGGACUUCAUACCUCAACUGUUGGAAAUAAAGAACACCACUCGCUUCUUUUUCCAUGCCGGAGAAACUAAUUGGGAAGGGGACACUGACAUGAACCUGUUCGAUGCUGUGUUAUUGGGCACCACCCGCAUAGGCCACGGUUAUGCCAUUGUAAAGCAUCCAGAGGUCUACCAAGUAGCCAAAGAGAGGAAAAUCGCUGUGGAAAUAAGUCCCAUAUCGAACCAGGUUUUAAAACUAGUCGACGAUUAUAGGAAUCAUCCUGCGGCUGCGUUGAUAGCCGACGGUUUCCCGGUGGUUAUAGCGUGCGACGACCCCUCGUUUUGGGGCUCGAAGGCGUUAAGUUAUGAUUGGUAUAUUGCCUUCAUGGCUUUCGGUUCUCGCGAUAGUGACCUAAGGUUAUUAAAACAAUUAGCCAUCAAUUCUAUUCUUUAUAGCUCACUGGAGGAUGAUGAACGGAGUGGUUUAUUAAAUGAAUGGGAGAAACGAUGGGAUCAGUUUCUAGAUGACAUUCUAGAAGUUAAAUUAAGUUACAGUAUAGAAACAAAUGAAAUCCUGUAAAAUAUAUUAAAAUAUGUUAACAUAUGAGCAGUAUUCGAUAAAAACUGAAGAUAUAAAAUUGUUGCAUUGUAAAUACUAAUGACGUUUAAAACAUGUUUUAUAUGUAAGUACUUUUGCACAAACAAUUUUGUGUUCAAAAAAGUAUUUCAUUUAGAUUCUUUCAGCCAAAUAUUACUAUGUAAUUAAAAUAACAAGUUACUUUGUUGAAAUAACAAAAUUUGUUUAUUGAAAUUACUUUUUUAUUAAUAUUUAAUUUAAAUAAGAAGGUGUUGCUAUUAU